UAGCGGUUUUCACUUCGCCUACCCUGAGGCCAAGCAGCGCCGGGGAAAUACAGAAGGUUGCUACCAUUCGUGACUUUGACUAUGAUGCUGCCUUUGAAAGAACAAUAAGUGUACCAUUACCGAGACAGACUGUGAAGAACGGUACGUUAUGCAUGCACCUGUUUGUGCUACCGAGAUACACUACGGUACGAGAGUGGAGUGACGCAAGUCAAGCCAAGGAUAAAGUCUACACCCAGGCAAUGCUGUCCCACUACCAAGUGCCUUCUAGUGCUACCUACCAGCUACUUAGUGGGGGUGUAGAGAAAAAACAGCUGAGGCCAGUGACUCACAUCAAGAGCAGUAUUGGGUUUAACAUUCUGACUGGAAUCACUGCUUUGCCUCAGAUAGGUAUACCUGCAGAGCUUCAACAUCAUUUGAGGUUGUCAGAAGAAGGAGGUUUUUUGCCCAUCAUUCAGAUUGAUAUUCUAAAUGACCGAUUGCGAAACCUUGUGGAAAUACCAGAAAACUCAACAGUCGACAUUAAGUUCUAUUACGCUCCGAUUUCAAUAGGAAAAUUAAGGUUAGUUCUACAUCUGAAAGAAGCGUUCCAAAUGCUAAAGACCCUGGGGUUCGCUGACAAAGACAUGGACGAACUAAAAGGCAUCUUUGCAGACACAAAUAUCUAUUUGCUGUGUGGAACUGUGUUCAUCUCAUCUGUCCAUCUCCUGUUUGACUUCUUGGCGCUAAAGAACGACGUGAAUUUCUGGCGAACGAGAAAGACAUUGGCAGGCCUGUCGGGGAGGACGAUAAUGUGGAGAGCCUUCAGUCAGUUUGUCGUAUUUCUGUACUUAAUGGAUGAAGAAACAUCUCUGCUAGUUUUGAUACCUUCGGGAAUUUCUACUCUAAUAGAGAUCUGGAAGGUGCAGAAGGUUGUUCCUGUGGACUGGAGACGGUUUAAGUUAAAACCUCAAAAACUGACGAAGGCUGAGAGAGACACUAGGGACUUUGACGCUGAGAGUAUGAAGUAUCUCUCCUACGUCUUGUAUCCCCUGUGUAUCGGGGCUGCUGUGUACUCGCUGGUCUACGAGUCACAUAGGAGUUGGUAUUCGUGGUGCAUUCAUAGUUUAGUGAACGGAGUCUAUGCUUUUGGGUUCCUAUUUAUGUUGCCUCAGUUGUUUAUCAACUAUCGGCUCAAAUCUGUGGCUCAUCUUCCGUGGAGAUCUUUCAUGUAUAAGGCGUUCAACACCUUCAUUGAUGAUGUUUUUGCCUUCAUAAUAACAAUGCCAACGGCACAUAGACUGGCUUGCUUCAGAGAUGACGUAGUCUUCCUGGUAUAUCUCUAUCAGAGGUGGUUGUAUCCAGUUGACAAAUCCAGGAUGGAUGAAGCUGCAAUCUCUGUCGGUGAAAUGGACUCUGCAUCAGACGACAAGAAAACAAACUGAGCAACGAUAGAAGUUCGAAUUGCACUGACUGGUGAUAUUUUUUAUAGUUUU